GAAGGCUGGUUACAGAAGGGAACAGUUUUCCUUCUCUAAGUUUUUCCUUGGCCUCUGAGAAAGUUUAAGAAGAAAGAAGAAACUUUUUCUGAGGAGGGAAGUUAGCUAAACAACAACAGACAAACAAGGACUUUCAGGUUGUAUUUAUUUUUAGCUUUCUUAAGUGAAUUAUUAGCACGUGGCAGCCGGCUCUGCUGCAGGACCUAGAGGAGUGAGGUCAUUCACUGAUUCGUUCUUUAUUGGCAUUGCUGUUCCUGUUUACUCAUACGCUGUGAGACAAAGGAAGCACGAUGGUGGCUGGAAUGGUAAUGCCCCUUGAUAACCUCAGAGCUAUCUAUGAGCGUCUCUUUCGGGAUGGCGUCAUGGUGGCCAAGAAAGACAAGCGGCCGCAGAUCAAGCAUCCUGAGAUUCCUGGUGUGGAUAACCUGCAGGUGAUCAGAGCUAUGGGUUCACUGAAGUCCAGGGCAUAUGUGAGGGAGACCUUUGCAUGGAGGCAUUUCUACUGGUACCUUACUAACCCAGGAAUUAUUUACUUGCGUGAUUACCUGCAUUUGCCUUCAGAGAUCGUGCCCACCCCACUACAGAGAGUACGACGGUCAGCUGCAACUCUGCCCAUCGCCCCAAAGGGGGCACGGGUACAAGCCGUUCAGGGUCCAACUUCUUAUGUUCCCAAACCAGGUAGGAUGGGCACAGAAACACAAGAGGCUCUGCUUGAUCGCCAGGAAUACCGCCGCAAAAUGAUGAGUACUGACGAGGCGGAAAUGAUGGAAUCCAAUCCAACCCCAAGAUUUAGAGGCCGUCCAACAGGAAGCAGUCAGAUUAAACCCAAAGAAUCAUGGGAACCCAGGGACCAGCCCAUGCUUUCUCAAAGUCACACCAAAGAGAUGGAACCAAGUGUUAGAAGAAAGGCUGCUAUGCAUACAAUCUCCAAUAUGCCUUCUAUUGAAUCUCACCAUGUCAAGCCUGUCAAACAGGAAAGGAUGAUGAACAUGGAACUCAGGGAAUGUACCAAGACAACACUAAUCCAGAAGACACAAAAGGUUGAUGUAAGAUCGGAUGUGCCAACCGUUUUAUCAAGCGUGGAGGUAGUAAAAGAGAAAAACAUAGAAGAGAUGUUUAUGAAAGUCUCUCAGGAAUCAACAUCCACAAGCCAAACAGCUAAGGAAGCAACUCGUCCUGGUUCCUUAAAACAAAAGGUAGAAAAAAUACAGAAAACAGUUGUGACCAAAAAUGUUCAGGGUGUGCCAGCGGUGUCAACAAAAGCUGAAGCAAUUACAAUGGAAUCUUCAAUGUCUUUUGUCCCCACUGAAGCAGUCAAAGAAAAAGCCAAAGAAGAUGUGGCUAUCAAGAUCCCUCAAGAAACCACAUUCACAGGUGACAGCAAAACAACUAGAGAUGCUCCACAUCAUACUCCUUCAAAACCAAAGAUGGAGAAAACACAGAAAACGGUUUUGACUGAAAUUAUGAAGGAUGCCCAAACGAUUUCCUCAUCAUCUGGAUCAAUUACAGAGCAAUCUUCAGUGUCUCAUAUCCACACUGAAGAGGUCAAAGACAAAUCCAAGGAGGAUUUGUUUAUCAAUGUUUCUCAGAAAGCUGCAUCCACAGUAACAAGUGACAGCAAAACUAUUAAGGAUGCACCUCAUUCUGCUUCUUCAAAACUGAAGGUGGAAAAAACACAGAAAAUGCCUGUGAACAAAAAUAUGAAGUCAAAUGUUUCCUCGUCAGCUGAGUCAAUUACAGUAAAAUCUGCUGUCCCCACUGAAGCAGCUAAAGAAAAACCCAAAGAAGUGUCAGAUGUUUUAUCAACAGCUGUGUCAGAUACAGUGAAAUCCUCCAUGUCUGCUGAACUCACUGAAGCAGACAAAGAGAAACCCAAGGAGGAGGUGGCAUUAAAAGUCUCCCAGAAAACCACAUCCACAGUAACAUGUGAUAGCAAAACAACUGCUUCUAUUUCUGCUUCUUCAAAACCAAAGGUGGAGAAAAAACAGAAAACAGUUGUCACUGAAAUUGUGAAGGAUGCGGCUGUGUCCUCAUCAUCUAAAUCAAUUACAGUUGAAUCCUCAAUGUCUGCAGUCCCCACUAAAGCAGAGAAAGAAAAUCCCAAGGAAGAGAUGGCUAUCAAAGUCUCUCAAAAAACAACAACCACGGGUGAUACCAAAAUAGAUAUGGAUGCUCCUCAACCUAUUUUAUCAAAAUCGAAGGUGAAGAAAACACAGAAAACUAUUGUGACUGAAAUGAUUAAGGAUGUCUCAAAUGUUUCUUUAGAAGCUGAGCCAGUUACAUUGAAAUCAUCUUUUUUUUCUGAACUUACUAAAGCAGACAACGAGAAACCCAAGGAAGAAGUGGUUGAAAAAAUGGCAAAAACACAGAAAACAAAUGUGACUGAAAUUGUGAAGGAUGUGGCUGUGUCCUCAUCAUCUAAGUCAAUUACAGUUGAAUCCUCAAUUUCUUCUGUCUCCACUGAAGCAGAGAAAGAAAAAAUCAAAGAUGUGGCUUUCCAGGUCUCUCAGGAAACAACAUCUAAAGGUGACAGCAAAAAAGCCAUGGAUGCUCCUCAUCCUGCUCCCUUAAAACAAAAGGAGAAGAAAACACGGAAAACAGUUGUGACUGAUAUUAUUAAGGAUGUCUCAAAUGUUUCUUUAGAAGCUGAGCCAGUUAUAGUAAAAUCCUCUGUGUUUUCUGAACCUACUGAGGCAGACGAAAAGAAACCCAGAGAAGAAGUGGUUGAAAAGGUGGUGAAAACAGCUGUGACUGAAAUCAUUAAGGAUGUGCCUGUGUCCUCAUCAUCUAAAGCAAUUACAAUUGAAUCCUCAGUGUCUUCUGUCCCCACUAAAGCAGAGAAAGAAAAUCCCAAGGAAGAGAUGGCUAUCAAAGUCUCUCAAAAAACAACAACCACAGGUCAUACCAAAAUAGAUAUGGAUGCUCCUCAACCUAUUUUAUCAAAAUCGAAGGUGAAGAAAACACAGAAAACAGUUGUGACUGAAAUUAUUAAGGAUGUCUCAAAUGUUUCUUUAAAAGCUGAGCCAGUUACAGUGAAAACAUCCAUGUUUUCUGAACGCACUGAAGCAGACAAAGCGAAACCCAAGGAAGAAGUGGUUGAGAAGGCGGCGAAAACACAGAAAACAAUUGUGACUGAAAUUGUUAAGGAUGUGGCCGUUUUCUCAUCAUCUGAAUCAAUAACAGUUGAAUCCUCCAUGUCUUCUGUCCCUAUUAAAGCAGAGAAAGAAAAUCACAAGGAAGAUGUGGCUAUCAAGGUCUCUCAGGAAACAACAUCCACAGUAACAGGUGAUAACAAACCUGAUAUUGAUGCUCCUCAGCCUAUUUCCUUAAAAGCAAAGGUUGAGAAAAAACAGAAAGCUGUGGAGGAACAACCUCUCACUAAUGCAAAUGCAGCCACUACAAACGAUACCUCUGUUGCACCGAAUCAUGGGUCUCCUGUGCGUGUAUCUGAGGUGAAGACAAAUAACUCUGUCACCACACAAAUACCUGACAAGCCUGCAGAAUCAGCAUUGCAAUCUGUGUUUAAAAAUAGAGCUGAUUUUACAAUGGACACUGCUGAAGCGAAAUCAGAGAUUCAUUUGCCACAGAAAACUCCUGAGCUUUCUUUACAGGAGAGUGUCACUGUUUCGGCUACAACAGCAGUGCCGCCUAUAGUUUCUAGCGAUGAGAAAGGGCCUGGUUCCCAAAAGACUGAAGACGUCCAAGAACCAUCCAAAGAUCACAAAACUGUGAGGUCAAAGGUGGAGAUUGAGGCUAAAGCUAUUUCUACUGCUGAGGUCGUGUCACAGGUUAAAAGUCAUAAGGCUGAUUCCAGCCCUGUAUCUCAGUCCCUAUCUACAGCUUCUGAUGCAAAGUUAAACACAGCUGACACAAGUAAGACUUCAGAGGUAACUCAGCAAACUGCAAUUAAAUUGGAAUCUACAACAGCGACACCCUGUGUAAGGGAUUCAAUUCAACAAAAAUCAUGGACUGAGGAACCGGUUGUUGCUGUAGAGGCUAAAUCAAAGCCUUCAAAAGGAAAGAAGAAGAAACAGAAAUCGGCUGAUAAAACUCCCCCUGUGGACGAGGCAAAAGCGACAACAGCCCAGGAUUCCAGUAAAGUCGACCCUGCAAGGGUCGAAGAUCCGGAGCAAGUUUUAACAAAUGAUUCUGCAAAGACAUCAUCUGAAGGAAUGCACACUGUGGAGUGCAUGCAGUCCACAGCUGUACACAGUGAGGCCCCGGUUCACAAAAGGGAGGUGGAGCUUGCUCAGCUCUCGGCUGAGAAACGGGAGGCUCCAAAAGAAAAAACAUCCUCCACCAAGAGACAGAGGGAAGCACCGGCAGCCUCAGCGUCAGCAGCAGCAGUCUCAGCUCAGUCCAACCCCCUCCCUGACCACAGGGAACCUCCCAGUGUUGCACAACCCUCUGCUGCUCCUGAAACACGGCAGAGCAAAGACAGGCAGAACAGGCUGUCGGAUAGCAAGGCCCCUCCACAGCCUGUCAACGUUGGCCAUCCUUCCUCUGUAGAGCUCACGUGUGACGCGCCAAAGCAGCCCGUAGACGAAGCCAUGCGGAAGAAGAUCGUUGUGGUGGAAGAAGUGGUUGAGGUGCAACAGAUUGCCAGUCCUGGAUCGGAUCAAUCUGUUGCACCUCCUUUGCAAGAAAUUCCAGGAGAUGAUUUGGACUAUGAUGUCUUGGAGGAACUGGCCAUAGAGCGGGGAAUCCUGAAGAGUCCUGACAAAGAGACUUUUUGGGAUCAUUCACUGCAAGAGCCAGAGCAAAAGACCUUCCCCAACUUCAUAGAAGAUGAACGGGACAGAGUGCAGAAAAAGACUUUUACAAAAUGGGUUAACAAACAUCUGCAAAAGACCCGGCCCGAAUUGAAUGAUCUUUAUGAAGAUCUCAGAGAUGGACAUAACCUGAUCUCCCUGCUUGAGGUCCUCUCUGGAGAGACACUGCCGAGGGAGAGAGACGUUGUGCGGAGCGUACGCUUGCCUCGCGAGAGAGGACGUAUGCGAUUCCACAAACUUCAGAAUGUACAGAUAGCACUGGAUUUCCUCAAACACAGACAGGUCAAGCUGGUGAAUAUCAGGAAUGACGAUAUCGCAGAUGGAAACCCAAAGCUGACGCUGGGUCUUAUAUGGACCAUCAUCCUCCACUUCCAGGUGUCCCAUUCUAUUUCAGAUAUCCAGGUGAAUGGUCAAUCAGAUGAUAUGUCAGCCAAGGAGAAACUGCUGCUGUGGUCCCAGCGUAUGUCUGAUGGAUAUCAGGGCAUUCACUGCCAAAAUUUUACCACCAGCUGGAGGGACGGAAAACUUUUCAAUGCUGUUAUACACAAACACCAGCCCAUGCUUAUCGACAUGACGAAGGUUUAUCGCCAGACCAACCUAGAGAACCUGGAGCAGGCCUUUUCUGUGGCCGAGCAAAAACUUGGGGUCACGCGACUGCUUGACCCAGAGGAUGUUGAUGUGCCCCAUCCUGAUGAGAAGUCAAUCAUCACAUAUGUGUCCUCCCUUUAUGAUGCUAUGCCACGUGUUCCUGAUGUCCGGGAUGGUGUCAAGACCAAUGAACUGGAACUGCGCUGGCAGGAAUACUAUGAGCUGGUCACCAUUAUACUCCAGUGGAUCAGACAUCAUGUUGUCAUCUUUGAGGAGAGGAAGUUCCCCGCCAGCUAUGAAGAGAUUGAGAUUCUGUGGCGUCAGUUUCUGAAUUUCAAAGAAACCGAGUUGCCCUCCAAAGAGUCAGAUAAGAUCCGCUCCAAACUACUCUACCAGUCCUUUGAGAGUGCGGUUCACACUGGUCAGAUUAAAGUGCCUCCAGGUUACCACCCCAUCGAUGUUGAGAAGGAAUGGGGGCGGCUCCACGUCGCCAUUCUGGAAAGAGAAAGACUUCUCAGAAUUGAGUUUGAGAGGUUAGAACGUCUUCAACAGAUUGUUACUAAAGUGCAGAUGGAGUCAGGCGUGUGUGAGGAACAACUUAACCAGAUGGAGUCUCUAAUGCAGACAGAUAUCCGGCUCCUUAACGCAGGAAAACCAGCUAAGCGCACAGCCGAGAUGGAGAGGGAUCUGGACAAAGCCGACGGAAUGAUCCGCCUCCUCUUCAAUGACGUUCAGCUUCUCAAAGAUGGGCGCCACCUGCAGGCGGAGCAGGUGUAUCGCAGGGUCUACCGUUUGCACGAGCGCUUGGUGAACAUGCGUAGUGAUUACAAUCUAAGGUUCAAGACGCAACGUGUGCGACCUGAGGUGGAUGAGGUCACCCUACGCUACGCACAGGACCUGUUGGCCUGGGUCGAGGAGAACCAGCGCAGGAUUGAAACUGCUGAAUGGGGCAUUGAUCUGCCUUCUGUGGAGUCUCAGCUGGGCAGCCAUCGUGGUCUUCACCAAACUGUUGAGGACUUCAGGGCUAAGAUUGAGCGUGCACGAACAGAUGAGAACCAGCUGUCGCCUGCUAGUAAAGACACAUACAGAGAAUAUCUGGGCAAACUAGAUCUGCAGUACAACAAGCUGCUGAACUCCUCCAAGUUCCGUUUGAGGAAUCUGGAUCAGCUGUACACCUUUGUCAGUGCUGCCACAAAGGAACUGAUGUGGCUUAAUGACAAAGAGGAAGAAGAGGUCAAUUACGACUGGAGUGACCGCAACACUAACAUGACUGCAAAGAAAGAGAACUACUCAGGCCUCAUGCGAGAACUGGAGCUUAGAGAGAAGAAAAUCAGUGACAUCCAGGCCACGGGAGAGAGAUUUAUAAGGGAUGGCCAUCCAGGCAAGAAGACAAUUGAGGCUUUCACAGCAGCUCUGCAGACCCAGUGGAGCUGGAUCCUUCAGCUGUGCUGUUGUAUUGAAACUCAUCUCAGAGAGAACACUGCAUACUUUCAGUUCUUUGCUGAUGUGAAAGAGUCAGAGGAGAAGAUGAAGAAGAUGCAAGAGACCAUGAAGAAGAAGUACCUGUGUGACCGCAUCACAACUGCCACUCGUCUGGAGGACUUACUCCAGGAUGCUGUCGAGGAAAGAGAACAGCUGAACGAAUUCAAGAACAACAUCGCUAACCUCAACAAGAGAGCCAAAUCCAUCGUCCAGCUUAAGCCACGAGACCCCACGACCCCAUUCAAAGGCAAACUUCCCAUCCAGUCAGUGUGUGACUUCAAACAGAUGGAGAUCACGAUACACAAGGGGGACGAGUGCGCUCUCAUCAAUAACUCACAGCCCUCCAAGUGGAAGGUUCUGAACCGUUCGGGUGAUGAGGCCAUCGUACCAUCUGUUUGCUUCUUGGUGCCACCCGUCAAUAAGGAGGCUGUGGAGAGCGUGUCCCGUUUGGAGACUAGUCACCAGCAGAUACUGAUUAUGUGGCAAAAACUACACGUUGACAUGAGAACUCUACUGUCCUGGCAAUACCUGAUCAAAGACAUUCAGCUCAUUCGCUCCUGGAACAUCACAAUGUUCAAGACGAUGAAGCAGGACGAGUAUCAGUUAAUCUUGAGGAACCUUCAGCUUCACUAUCAGGACUUCCUAAAGGAAAGCAAAGACUCAAAUAUAUUUGAUUCAAACGAGCAAAUGCAAAUCGAAAGGGACUACAAGGACUCUGCACAACAUUUUGACCACCUGCUUCGCACCCUGGAGAAAGGUGAACAGGAUGAGUCCGUGUGUAAGACCUACAUCAACCAGAUCAGAAGCCUGCGGAUGCAGAUUGAAGAUUGCGAUUCUCGCACCGUAGCUCGUAUCCGAAAGCCUCUGGAUAAAGAUCCACUCAGAGACUGCAUCCAGAAGACUGCUGAACAGACGAAAGUACAUGUGGAGCUGGAGGGUAUUAAGAAGAACCUAAAUAAUGUGGCUAAGAAAGCUGAGGAGGUCCUGAUAUCUCCAGAGCAGUCCAGUACUCCAGUGUUGCGUUCAGAGCUGGACAUUACCCUGCAGAAGAUGGACCAAACCUACAGCCUGUCCUCGGUGUACCUGGAGAAGCUUAAGACAAUUGAGCUUGUGAUCCAGAACACACAAGGGGCCGAAGAUGUUGUGAAGAAAUAUGAGAAUCGCCUGCGUGAUGUUCACACUGUCCCUACAAACAUCCAGGAAGUGGAUACCUACUGUACUGAGCUCAAGAAAAUGCGCAUGGAUGCAGAAGCUCAGCAGCCAGUGCUUGAUGGUAUGGAGGGCGAGCUGUCCAAAGCCAAAGCGGUCAGUCUUCGUAUGGUUCAGGUUCACACCGAACGAGAUACUGAGUUAGACCACUACAGGCAGCUCCAGGGCAGCCUGCAGGAACGCUGGCGUGCCAUCUUUGCUCAGAUCGACCUGCGUCAGCGUGAGCUGGAACUGUUGGGUCGUCAGCAGGGUUACUACAGGGAGAGCUAUGACUGGCUUAUCCGUUGGAUCGCAGACGCCAAACAGCGACAGGAGAAGAUCCAAGCGGUGCCUAUCUUUGACAGCAAAACACUGAAAGAACAACUGGCACAUGAGAAGAAACUUCUAGAAGAGAUCGAGAAAAACAAAGAGAAGGUGGACGAGUGUCAGAAAUAUGCCAAAGCUUACAUUGACACCAUUAAGGAUUAUGAACUACAGUUGGUUGCCUAUAAAGCUCAAGUUGAACCCAUGCUGUCUCCUGUGAAGAAAACCAAGAUGGAAUCAGCCUCAGAUAACAUCAUUCAAGAGUAUGUAACUCUAAGGACUCGCUAUAGUGAACUAAUGACGUUGACCAGUCAAUACAUCAAGUUCAUCACGGACUCGCAGCGUCGCCUAGAAGAUGAUGAGAAAGCUGCUGAGAAACUUAAAGAGGAAGAGAGAAAAAAAAUGGCUGAGAUGCAGGCAGAGUUAGAAAAACAGAAGCAGCUAGCUGAGGCUCAUGCCAAGGCCAUUGCCAAAGCGGAGCAAGAGGCAAAUGAGCUCAAGCUCAUGAUGCAACAAGAGGUUAGCAGACGAGAAAUUGUUGCAGUGGAUGCCGAAAGGCAAAAGCACAACAUUCAACAGGAACUUCAUGAGCUCAAAAACCUCUCUGAACAGCAAAUCAAAUCAAAAAGUCAGCAAGUGGAAGACGCUCUGUCAAGCCGGACCAAAAUAGAGGAAGAAAUCCGCAUUAUAAGACUUCAGUUGGAAACCACAGUAAAACAGAAGUCCACAGCAGAAGAUGAGCUGAAACAGCUUAGAGAGAAGGCUGCAGAGGCAGAGAGACUUCGUAAAGCAGCUCAGGAGGAGGCUGAAAAACUUCGCAAGCAAGUUACUGAAGAGACCCAAAAGAAGCGCCUGGCGGAGGAAGAAUUAAAACAGAAGCUUGAUGCGGAGAAGGAGGCUGCUAGGCAGAAGCAGAAAGCCCUGGAUGAACUUGAGAAGCUUAAGAUGCAAGCAGAGGAGGCGAUGAGAAACAUGAAGCAGGCAGAGAUUGAAAAAGACAGGCAAAUGAAAAUUGCUCAAGAAGCAGCUCAGAAAACUGCUGCCGCUGAGCUGGAUAGCAAACGCAUGUCCUUUGUUGAGAAGACAUCAAAACUUGAGGAGUCACUCCGAGAGAAGCACGGGACUGUUGUUCAACUGCAAGAGGAGGCAGAACGUCUCAGAAAGCAACAGGAAGAGGCAGACAAGGCAAGGGAGGAAGCUGAGAAAGAACUUGAAAAAUGGAGGCAAAAGGCCAAUGAAGCCCUUCGCCUUAGGCUCCAAGCAGAAGAAGAGGCCCACAAAAAGUCUCUGGCACAAGAAGAUGCUGAAAAACAGAAAGAAGACGCUGAGCGUGAAGCCAAGAAACGGGGCAAAGCUGAGGAGUCUGCCUUGAAACAGAAAGAGAUGGCUGAACAAGAGCUAGAGCGGCAGAGGAAGCUGGCAGAGAGCACAGCACAACAAAAGCUUUCAGCAGAACACGAACUGAUCCGCUUGAGGGCUGAUUUUGAACAUGCAGAGAAGCAGAGAACCCUGCUUGAUGAUGAAUUGUACCGUCUCAAGAAUGAGGUUGUUGCUGCAGAGCAACAACGAAAGCAGCUUGUGGAUGAGCUUUCCAAAACUAAAAGUGAAAUGGAGAUUCUUUUGGAGUUGAAAGCGAAGGCUGAAAAGGAGAGCAUGUCAACUACGGAAAAGAGUAAACAACUCUUGGAAGCAGAAGCUGCCAAACUGAGAGAUCUUGCAGAUGAAGCAUCCAAGCUCCGUGCCAUUGCUGAAGAGGCAAAGAGGCAGAGGCAGGUGGCUGAGGAAGAAGCCAACAGACAGAGAGCCGAAGCAGAGAGAAUUCUCAAAGAGAAACUUGCUACUAUUAAUGAGGCCACUCGCUUAAAAACUGAAGCAGAGAUAGCACUUAAGGAAAAAGAGGCAGAGAACGAACGCCUUCGGAGGAAUGCAGAAGAAGAGGCUUAUCAGAGAAAGGCUCUUGAAGAUCAGGCAGGCCAGCACAAGCAAGACAUUGAGCAGAAGAUAGACCAGCUCAAAAAGUCUUCUGAAGCUGAAUUAGACAGACAGAAAACAAUUGUGGAUGAAACUCUUAAACAAAAAAGAAUAGUUGAAGAGGAGAUUCGUAUCUUGAAACUUAACUUUGAGAAGGCUUCAUCUGGAAAGCUUGAUUUGGAGCUGGAGCUGAAUAAGCUAAAGAAUAUCGCAGAGGAAACACAAGUAAGCAAACUUCGAGCUGAGGAAGAAGCUGAGAAGCUCCGCAAGCUUGCCCUUGUGGAAGAGAACAGGAGAAGGGAGGCAGAAGAAAAACUAAAGAAAAUUACUGCUGCAGAACAAGAAGCAGCUCGACAACGUCAGGCUGCUCAAGAAGAAGUGGAGCGUCUUAAAAAGAAAGCAGAAGAGGCCCGAAAGCAGAAAGAAGACGCUGAUAAAGAGGCUGAGAGGCAAAUAUUUGCUGCUAAAGAGGCUGCUGAGAAAGCAAUUUCAGCUGAGCAGCAAGUCCAAAGUGUACUUUAUCAACAGAAAGAAGAUAGUCUUGUGCAGAAAAAGCUCAAGGAGGAGUAUGAGAAAGCCAAGAAGCUUGCCCAAGAAGCCGAAAAGGCCAAAGAAAAGGCAGAGAGAGAGGCUGCUUUACUCCGUCAAAAAGCAGAAGAUGCAGAGCUUCAGCGGCAGGCUGCAGAGGUUGAGGCAGCGCAUCAAGCCAAUGCUCAGGAGGAAACCGAGAGGCUCAGAAAAGAGGCCGAGCUAGAGGCAGAAAAAAGAGCCCAGGCUGAGGCAGCAGCACUGAGGCAAAAACAGCUGGCUGAUGAAGAGAUGGCUAGGCACAAGAAAAUUGCGGAGCAGACACUCAAGCAGAAAUCUCAGGUAGAACAAGAACUGGCUAAAGUGAAAGUCAGGUUGGAUGAGACAGAUAAACAGAAGACUCUCCUAGACGAUGAGCUUCAUCGCCUUAAGGACGAGGUCAGUGAUGCUGUUAAACAGAAGGCACAGGUAGAGGACGAACUGUUCAAAGUCAAAAUUCAAAUGGAGGAGCUCAUUAAACUCAAGCUCAGAAUUGAAGAAGAGAACCAACGUCUCAUUCAGAAAGACAAAGAUAAUACUCAAAAAUUCUUGGCUGAAGAGGCUGAAAACAUGAAAAAGCUUGCUGAAGAAGCUGCCAGGCUCAGCAUUGAGUCUCAGGAAGCUGCUCGAAUGAGACAUAUUGCAGAAACUGAUCUUGCUGAACAAAGAGCACUUGCUGAAAAGAUGCUAAAAGAAAAGAUGCAGGCUAUUCAGGAGGCUUCUAAGCUUAGAGCAGAGGCAGAAAUGCUACAGAGACAAAAAGAUCUUGCUCAAGAGCAAGCUCAAAAGCUGCUUGAAGACAAACAACGGAUGCAGCAACGACUUGAAGAAGAAACUGAGGGCUUCCAAAAAUCCUUAGAGGCUGAGCGCAAGAGACAGUUGGAGAUUUUGGCUGAGGCAGAGAAACUUAAACUUCAGGUGUCCCAACUCAGUGAUGCCCAGUCCAGAGCUGAGGAUGAAGCCAGGAAAUUCAAGAAGCAGGCAAAUGAGAUUAGUGCCCGGCUUCAUGAGACAGAAGAGAAAACCAGAGAGAAAAUGACAGUUGUCGAAAUAUUGGAAGUACAGAGGUUGAGCAGUGACAGAGAAGCAGAUGAUUUACGCAAAGCCAUUGCUGAUCUUGAGAAUGAGAGAGCAAAAUUGAAAAAAGAUGCUGAGGAGUUACAGAAAAGGUCAAAAGAGAUGGCAAAUGCUCAGCAAGAGCAAAUUAAACAGGAGAAAACUAUUCUACAGCAGACGUUCAUGUCAGAGAAGGAGAUGCUGUUGAAAAAGGAAAAACAAAUUGAGGAUGAAAAGAAGAAGUUAGAGAACCAAUUUGAGGAGGAGGUAAAAAAAUCAAAAGCCUUAAAAGACGAGCAGGAACGUCAAAGAAAACAGAUGGAGGAUGAAAAAAUUAAACUGAAGGCCACUAUGGAUGCCGCUUUGCAGAAACAAAAAGAGGCUGAACAAGAGAUGCUUAGGAAGCAAAAAGAAAUGCAGGAACUCGAGAGGAUAAAGCUUCAGCAAGAGAGGAUGCUUGCUGAGGAAAACCAGCAACUGCGUGAGAAACUUCUGCAGCUCGAGGUUGUUCAGAAGGUCUCUCAGGAGACAGAAACCAAAGUACCUAAUGGUCAAAGUAUUUGUGUGGAAGUUGACAGUUUCCCUGCGCUAUCUUUUGAUGGCAUUCGUGAAAAGGUGCCUGCAAGCAGACUUUUUGAAAUAGGACUUAUUAGCAAAAUGGAUUAUGAUAAGCUCCAGAAAGGUGAAAUCACAGUCCAAGAACUCAGCAAGACAGACAAACUUAAAACAAUUCUCAAAGGGAAGGACUGCAUUAGUGGCCUACUUGUUCAUCCAAAUCAAAAGAUGUCUAUAUAUCAAGCCAUCAAGGAAAAGAAGAUUGCUCCUGGCACAGGCCUAGUGCUGCUGGAGGCACAGGCAGCAUCUGGAUACAUAAUUGACCCACUUAGAAACAAGAAACUGUCUGUCAAUGAAGCAGUGAAAGAGGGUCUCAUUGGGCCUGAACUUCAUAACAAAAUGUUGUCAGCUGAGAGAGCUGUAACUGGCUACAAGGAUCCAUACACAGAAGCAAAAAUCUCCCUUUUUGAAGCCAUGAAGAAAGGUCUUAUUGGGGAAGAACAUGCUUUUAGAUUGCUAGAGGCUCAGAUAGCAUCAGGUGGCAUUAUUGAUCCAGUCAACAGUCAUCGUGUGCCAAUUGAAAUAGCCUAUAAGCAGGGUCAGUUAGAUGCAGCUACCAAUAACAUCCUACAGAACCCUUCAGAUGAUUUAAAGGCAUUCUAUGAUCCAAAUACCCAAGAAAAUACCACAUACCAAAAGCUAAUGGAAAGAUGUGUCACAGAUUCAGAAACAGGACUUCUUCUUCUGCCAAUCUCAGAGGAGGCAGCUCUAAAUGCCAGAGCAUUCACUGAUGAGGAAACAAAAGAUGUAUUUGACAAGACAACUGUGUCCAUACCGUUUGGCAGGUUUAAAGGAAAGACUGUGACCAUCUGGGAGAUAAUAAACUCUGAGUACUUUACAGAGGACCAGAAAAAAGAUCUCAUCCGUCAGUACAAAACGGGAAAGAUUACAGUUGAAAAAAUAAUCAAAAUUGUGCUAACUGUGGCAGAAGAAAAAGAGAAAAAGAAUGAACUUACCUUUGAUGGGCUGAGAGCAGCUGUUCCUGCCACAAAACUACUUGAAUCCAAGAUUAUUGACAAAGACCUCUAUAACAAAUUGCAAAGAGGACAACUCUCUGUUAAGGAAGUGUCUGAGAUGGAGAAUGUGCACAAAGCCUUAAAGGGCACCAACUGCAUUGCAGGAGUGAUUAUUGAUUCCACCAAACAAGUAAUGUCCUUUUAUGAUGCAAUGAAAAUGGACAUGAUGAGACCUGAGCCCGCUCUUAAUCUUUUAGAAGCACAAGCUGCCACAGGAUAUAUUGUAAAUCCUAUUAAAAACCAAAACCUUACAGUAGAUGAAGCUGUUAAAGCAGGUGUUGUUGGUCCAGAGCUUCAUGAGAAACUGUUAUCUGCAGAAAGAGCUGUCACAGGCUACAAAGAUCCAUAUACUGGAAAAACGAUUUCUCUGUUUGAAGCAAUGAAGAAAUAUCUGAUCAUGAAAGACCGGGGAAUUCGACUUCUUGAUGCCCAGCUGGCAACAGGAGGCAUUAUUGAUCCAGUUCAAAGUCACCGUAUUCCACAAGACAUUGCCUGCAUAAGGGGAUGUUUUGAUGAUGAAACUCACAAGUCUUUGACAAGUCUAACUGAUGAUGUUAAAGGUUACUUUGAUCCAAACACACAGGAAUAUGUGACUUAUCUGCAGCUUUUUAAAAGAUGUGUUACUGACAAAAAGACUGGCCUUCAACUUUUGCCUUUGUCUGAGCAAGCCAUCAAUGCCAAGGAGGAGCUGAAGUACAGUGAGGCUCAGACCAAAGAUGCAAUGACUCAGUCAACUGUUGAAGUUCAGAGUGGACCUUUCAAAGGGAGAAGGGUCACCAUAUGGGAGCUCAUCAACUCUAACUAUCUUACUGAGGAGCAGAGGCUUGACCUAAUGAGGCAAUACAGAUCUGGGAAAAUAACAAUUGAGAAGAUUACAAAGAUUUUUAUUGAAAUUAUCAAUGUGAAGGAGAACAAGACCCAAGAAAAAGAGUGCUUUAAAGGGCUCAGGGCUCCGGUUUCAUCAAAGUCAUUGUUUGACUCCAAAAUUAUUGACCAAUCCACAUAUGAUUUGCUGGAACAAGGAAAAACAACUCCAAACGAGGUCAGUAAAAACAAUUCGGUCAACAAAUAUCUCCAAGGCUCUGAAAGCAUUGCUGGGGUUUACCUUGAACCUACAAAGGAAAAAGUUAGCAUCUACCAAGCAAUGAGAAAGGCAUUCCUCAGACAGAACACAGGUAUUGCCUUGCUUGAAGCUCAAGCUGCCACAGGUUUUAUUGUGGAUCCCUCAAGAAAUGAGUUUCUCACUGUUGACGAUGCUGUUAAAGCAGGCCUUGUUGGUCCUGAGCUUCAUGAGAAACUUCUCUCUGCUGAGAAAGCUGUCACUGGAUAUAAAGACCCAUUCACAGGCAAUAAGAUCUCCCUACACCAAGCCAUGGAGAAAGACCUUAUCCUGAAAGAGCAUGCCAUGCCACUCUUGGAGGCACAGUUGUCAACGGGUGGAAUUAUUGAUCCUGUAAACAGUCAUCGUGUUCCAGUUGAUGUUGCAAUCCAAAAGGGAUACUUCAGCAAACAGCUUGCCAGCAGCAUUACCGAAAGCAGGUAUUUCUCUGAUCCUGCAACUGAUGAAAACAUAUCAUAUAAAGUACUGAAAGACAAGUGUAUGACAGACCCUGAUACAGGAUUAAAUCUGAUGAAACUCUCCAAACCACAAGCCCCAACAGUUGUGGAGAAAACAUACCUUUACAGUGAAGAACAAACUCAGAGUGAUCUUUCCACUACUCAGAUUGAUAUACCUAUUGAAGGCCAGGGGUCUAUGUCACUUUGGGAUGUCAUGAAUUCAAAUAUGCUGCCUGAGGAGCAAAGAAAUCAGCUUUUAGCGGAUUAUCGUUCUGGCAAUAUAACAAAAGAACGGAUGAUAAUCAUUAUAAUUGAAAUUCUGGAGCAGACGGAAAUUGUAAGAGGUGGAGGCAUCCAGACCUACAGCACCAGACGACGCCAAAUCACUAUUGAAGAUCUCUAUAAUGCCCGCAUCAUUGACCUUGAGACUUACAACUUGUUGAAGAAAGAGAGAACGACUAUGCAUGAUGUUAUGGAGAUUCAGAGUGUUAAAAAGUAUUUGUAUGGAACUGGCAGUGUUGCUGGUGUGGUGAUUGACCUAAAUACCAAGAUCAGCAUUUAUGAAGCUAUGAAGAGAGGAUUAAUUAAGCCAGACAUUGCACUCAGUCUCUUAGAGGCCCAAGCAUCCACUGGAUUCAUCAUUGAUCCAAUUAGGAACGAUAUGCUUACAGUUGAUGAAGCAGUGCGCAAGGGUUUGGUUGGCCCAGAAAUUCAUGAUAAACUUCUGUCUGCAGAGAGAGCAGUCACUGGCUAUAAGGAUCCAUAUAGUGGAAAGGUUAUCUCCCUUUUCCAGGCAAUGAAAAAGGGACUUGUCCCAGAGGACUAUGCCCUAAGGCUACUCGAAGCUCAAGCAGCCACAGGAGGUAUUAUUGACCCAGAAUUAAACUUUCACCUGCCAACAGACAUUGCCACACAACGUGGAUACAUUAACAAAGAGACAACUGAAAAGUUAGCUGAUGAGUUUAAAGGCUAUGUUGACCCACUAACUGAUGAGAAGAUCUCAUAUGCUCAGCUGAUUAAAAGAUGCAAGGUUGACAAAAUUGGGCUGUAUCUAUUGUCACUAUCAGACAAAAGGUUGUUGUUCAAAGGAAUCAGAAAAGACAUUACAAUAGAGGAGUUGCUCCUAUCAAAAGUCAUUACUGAAGAAACAGUCACUCAACUUAAUGAGGGAUUAUUAACAGUGGAGGAGUUGAGCAGUAAAUUGCGGAAUUAUCUUGAAGGUUCAAGCUCUAUUGCUGGUGUGUUUGUUGAGUCUACUAAAGACCGUCUAUCUGUCUACCAAGCCAUGAAAAAGAAUAUGAUCAGGCCAGGUACUGCUUUUGAACUGUUAGAAGCUCAAGCUGCAACAGGUUAUAUCAUUGACCCUAUUAAGAACCUUAAGUUAACUGUAAAUGAAGCCAUUAAGAUGGGAAUUGUGGGUCCAGAGUUCAAAGACAAGCUCCUGUCAGCUGAGAGGGCUGUGACUGGCUAUAGAGAUCCUUAUACAGGCAAAACAAUCUCACUGUUCCAAGCUAUGAAAAAGGGCCUUAUAUUGAGAGACCACGGCAUUCGUCUUCUUGAGGCUCAGAUUGCCACUGGAGGAAUAAUUGAUCCUGAGCAGAGUCACCGCUUGCCAGUUGAAGUGGCCUACAACCGAGGUUUCUUCGAUGAGGAGAUGAAUGACAUCCUCAGUGACCCUUCAGAUGACACAAAGGGCUUCUUUGACCCAAACACAGAGGAAAACCUCACUUACCUGCAACUAAUGGAGAGGUGUAUUGUUGAUCCAGAUACAGGUCUUGUGCUUCUGCUUCUGAAGGAAAAGAAACGUGAGGGAAAGACUUCUUCCAAAUCCUCAGUUCGCAAACGUAGAGUUGUAAUUGUAGAUCCUGAUUCAGGCAAAGAGAUGUCAGUGUAUGAAGCCUAUCGCAAAGGGCUAAUUGACCAUCAGACAUAUCUUGAACUUUCAGAACAAGAGUGUGAAUGGGAAGAAAUCACAAUGACGUCAUCAGAUGGGGUAGAGAAAUCCUUAUUGAUUGACAGAAGAUCAGGUCGACAGUAUGACAUUGAGGAUGCUAUUGCAAAAGGUCUUAUUGAUCAUACUGCAAUUGACCAAUAUCGCUCUGGCACUCUAUCAAUCACAGAGUUUGCUGAUAUGUUAUCUGGAAACAUUGGCGGUUUGCGCUCCCGAUCCUCCUCCUUUGGGUCCACCUCCUCUUAUCCAAUGAGCCCUGUACCUUCAAUCAAAACUCCCACAACUAUAUGGAAUGAUCCAAUUGAGGAGACUGGUCCUGUUGCUGGAAUCCUUGAUACAGACAGCUUAGAAAAAGUCUCAGUCACCGAAGCCAUGCAUAGGAACUUAGUGGAUUCCAUAACUGGCCAGAGACUGUUAGAAGCACAGGCCUGCACUGGUGGCUUAAUUGACCCAUCUACUGGAGAGAAAUUUACAGUUGCCGAAGCAACCGAGAAAGGGCUUGUGGAUAAGAUAAUGGUUGAUAGACUCAGCCUAGCCCAGAAAGCUUUUAACGGAUUUGAGGAUCCUCGAACUAAGGUCAAAAUGUCUGCAGCGCAGGCCCUAAAGAAAGGUUGGCUUUAUUAUGAGGCAGGGCAGCGUUUUCUCGAGGUGCAGUAUCUCACUGGUGGCCUUAUUCAACCAGAUGGCACAGGACGAAUGUCUCUAGAGGAGGCAAUCAGGACAGGUUCCAUUGAUGGCCGUACAGCCCAAAAACUAAGAGAUGUGAGUUCUUACAGCAAAUACAUUACGUGUCCUAAAACCAAACUAAAAAUUUCCUACAAAGAUGCAAUGGACAGAAGCAUGGUUGAGGAGGGAUCUGGCCUUAGGCUUCUAGAAGCUUCAUCAACAUCCAGUAAAGGUCUCUACAGUCCUUACAAUGUCAGUGGUGCUGCAUCUGCCUCUGGCUCUCGAACUGGGUCCAGAACAGGCUCUAGAUCAGGUUCAAGAAGAGGAAGCUUUGAUGCCACCGGAUCUGGAUUAACCAUGAACUUUUCAUCAUCCUCAUACACUUCCUCUAGUUACAACCGCAGAUUUUAAAAUGGACCCUACAAUGGACCUGUCACAUGGGGUCCUGCAACAUUUAAACAAGGGGCUCUAAUAUCAGCCUUGAUUCGACACACUACAGUUACAAAUUGCAAACACAUUAAUUUGACAUAAAGAGAAUGCCUUUACUUUGACUUGCAUGUUUGAUAAUGCAUUCCAAAAACUACCAGUAUCUUUAUCUGGGGACUGUUAGGUUCCUAUUUUUAUGUAGUUUGGAUGCUUAACUUUAAAUUGACUGCUUAGCUUUAACCAUAGUUUCUAAUUGAGAUUUAUUUCAGUACAUAUAGAUCAUUUUUGAAAGUGAUUUUGUAUUUUUUUAUACUUAAGUACAACAUUGGAUUUCAGGAGCACUGCUAAGUACAUUCUAAAUUUUGGCAAUCAUUUUUUUUAUCCAACACUGAUGGGAUUGUAUGUAAUAUUUCUUAAAGCAUACUGUUCUUAAAAAUUAAAAUUAUUAUUUUAGAAGGGUUGGGGCGGUUCUUUCAGGUUAAUGUACCAGAAAAUACAUCCAUCUUGAAAAGACAUGUUUAUUUUUAUUUGUUUUACAUAUUUGUAUAGACUUGACAAACUGUGGACUGUCAGCCAACUUUUAUACUCUAUUUAAGUUGCUGCUGGUUUCACAGAAUGUGAAAAAUCACUACAUUUAAACAUAAACACUAAAGGAGAAGAGAACAGAUCUUUAUCAUGUGGAGUAUCUGUAAGAAAAGUCCAUGCCAUUUACUGAAUCCAAUACAUCUCCCAAGUCAUCUGCAAAACAACUCAUUGCUCCUGACCUGACAAGGCCCAGAUUCACUGUCAGUCCUCCAGUGGUGUGUUAUCCAGUGAAGAUUUAAGAAGUCUCAGGUGUCUGAUCCAUUCCUCAUAUAUAACAUCUGGACAGAUCUGGAUGAAUUUUAGUACUUAGGUCAUCAAUUAAUAGAUGUCAACUUGAUGAUGCUGCAGAUUUGGUCUUGGAUCACGAGAUUAAUGAUGCCCAUCAGCAGCUCACAUCCUUAGACAUUCAGAUCCUCACUGAGACUUACUACCUUCCAUUGCAUCCGCCAUUUGCAUGAAGACACUAGAAGCUAGGGCUACUGUACCUUGAAGUUUGCACUGGAUAUCAUACCAGGAACGGCCACUUUGGUGAACUGGUCCUACAGUAUUUUGACUGACAUACACAUCAACUGGGAGAUUGACUUGGGACUUUACAUAUUCAUAGUUUUGCAGCCCCGAAAUCGUGGUGUUUAUUUUUGAAUAAGAUUUCAAAUAAGAUAUUAUGCAAUAGAUGUGCAUACCCUUUGUAUUACAUUGCUCAGAGAGAUACAUAUUUUUUUCUUAACACUGAUAAAUAAAAUUGCAUCAUUAACUAAACGUAUUUAGGUUUAUUUGGUGUACGGCAAAUUCAUUUUUAGUUUAUAAAUUUCCAGUGCCAAAAGGUUUUUUGUUUGUUUGUUUGUUUGUUUUUGUCAUUUGUUGGCCUGUCUGUGUUUCUUUGCUUGUUUUUUAUUUAGUGUACUAUUCUGUUUUUUGAAAGUACUUGACUUUUUCUUUCCUUUUUUGAUGUAUAUGUAAAAUAUUUGUUUGCAUGUUUUACCAACUUGCUAUAAAGUGUUUUAAAAGUUGAAGAAUAGAUUUUGGAAAAUUACAGAUAUAUAAGGAAGAUUAUAUGAGUAAAAGAUGUAUGAAAUACUAACUGGUGGAUGAUCGGUUUUAAAUCUUUUCAUCAGAGUCCUAAUAUUGGUAAUAGAAAAUGAGUUUUUAAGAAUAACACUAUAUUCAAGUGUAAAUAAAUUUAUUUUGGAAACAGUUUCAA